AAUUACCCCCAUUAUCGAGCGAGAACGAAAUGGAAAUUGCAAACGGAUACCUUAAUACGGGUUUAUCGUCCCAUGGGCACAAGCCUAGUAAAAAACAGGCAAAAUUAAUGCAACAGCGCCUGGAACGGUUAGCGAGGAUCAACAUUCACUUGCAGGCUUUGUUUGCCGCUAUUGAACAUGGACAUUUGGAGAAAGCCAGGACGAUAUUGGAAUCUACAGAUGUUGACGUAAAUAGUGUGAAUAACGAUGGAUUAUCGCCUCUAGACAUUGCCGUUCUCAGCAAUAACCGUCCCUUAGUGAAAAUGUUAAUUAGUUUCGGAGCGCGAGAGGGUAGUCAAUUUUCAAGCCCCGACAAGUUAGGUUCGCAUCUGAAACAUCUUCUGGGAGAAGCGGAGAUGCGUCUUCAAGAAUUAGGUGGACUAUUAGAGGAACCUUGUGGGGCACCGUUUAAUACUAGGGCGUCGUUUUCGAGCAUUAUCGGGAAUACGUACCAGUCUUCGACCAUGACAGGUUGUGCUGGUGGCGACACAGAGAAACAGGCAAUCGCUUGGAGCAGAAGAGUGAAGGUCCUCCGACGAAUGGUGCUAGGUUUCGCACAAGCACGACCUCCCGAUCCCCCAUCUCUUGUCGCCGUCGAUAUAACAUCUUCCACAUCCAUCACGUUACGUUUACAAGAUCCAAUCUCGAAUGACUCCGCUAUUAAUACCAAAUAUUUAGUUCAGUGGUCCGCCAGGCCUGAUUUUUCUCCACUAACUGGCGAAAUUGAUAUUUUGGACAUGUCCAAGCCCACCUGCACAAUAGAGCUCUCCCAAGGGAGACGAUAUUUUUUUAGGGCAGCUUGCGGAAAUUUAAAGGGCUUCGGCAACUUUGUACCUUCUACCCCCGCGUCGGUGGUGCCAUCGACGUGGAGAGAAGUUGACCACCGCGAUUCAAGGUACGACGGUAAACUCCUCAAUCUGGACCACUUAAUCGAAGAGGUAAAGCAAAUACGACCAGGCACCGAGAUAUUAGAAACGCCGGGACCACAGCGCAGAACGCAAAGAAAAAAGACGACAAUUAAGCAACUAUUUUCGGCGGCAAGUAAAUUUCAAAAGCAUUUAAAAAGGGGAAUAUAUUUAGCCUGCAUUUUGUACCAUGAAGACAAAGUCUUGGUGACCAAUGAAGAUUUUUUACCUGUGAUAGAAAUUGAUGAAUCCUUUCCAAGUUGCAUCCAUACCGAUCUUCAUUGGUUCAUGAAGGUUGCGUGUACGUGGAACGACACCAAGUUUCUGCGUUGCGAUAUGGAAAAGACAACCUCGUCCGCAAUCCACUUCCGUACCAAACUUUUAGCCGCCGCUUUACAAAUGCAAUCCGCGUUAUGCUUGCAGGACUUAGGGCAACUAUUUUACAAACCUUUACGUGAUGUGAACGGAACGGUGGUGCUCAGUACAAUUAAUUACAUAAAGUCGCCGAAAAGUGUAUCCGUUUUAAAUUCGCGAUGGUUACCAAUGAACAAAGUGUUUAAAAAAGUUGUGCUCAGCGACGACCACAGCAUCUCGGAGAUUUUGAUGGGGUCCAUACAAGAACAAAUUAACUAUCAUCAAGUUUCCGGACUCAAACUUGGCAAAGGACUUUACUUGGCUUAUCUCAAAAUGCAAAGUUCUGUUGAUUUGAUACAAGUUGUAGUUCCGGCAAAGUCGCCCAACAUGUUACCUCACUGCAAAAUUCGGGACAAUCCACACGUUUCUGAAGAAGAAUGGCGUUUUCUGAAGAAUCAAUAUAUGACCAACGCAACCGAUCAUUCUACCGAACAACAACGAACCUUUCUUGAUCUCGUAACUAGCGCCGCAAAGCGACUGUUUAAUUACAUGGACAUAUCAAACGAAGAUGCGCUAACGCAUCGAAUAUGUGAUUUAGAAAUAAUAGAUUUGACUGAUGAUGUUAGUUUUAUAGUCGUAUGUCCUUCGGCGGAGCUGUCCUGUUCAGUACCCGGACAACGUGAGAUACUACUACAACGAGGCGAUCUUCUCAGCUUACCGAUACAAGUUUUUGAGAUGAUACAUUUAAGCACAUAUCAGAGCGAUAUGAUACAGAAGUAUUCAAAGUUGAGUUGCUUACUCGAGUUGGACGCGGCCACCGCAAGUCAUCUUCACCGCGAAGCGUUCUCCAACAGUGAGGUAGUCGCCGCCCGUGAGCGUCUGUCGAAACUUCAAAGCCUACAAAUGAAGCUAAAUAACAUAUGGAAAAGCAUACGAUGGCUAAUGGACGUUAUAACAUUCGCGCGCGAUCGAAUUACUUCCGGUCUGUCGAUGAAGUACAUUUUGGAAAAGGAGGUGGAAGGUACCAAUACAUCACUCAAACGAAGUUUGCUGCAAAUCCCCACUCAGGACACCAAAAUAUUUAAGAGCACACCGGGUCGCGGAUCGUGGCCGGGCCCCGGUGCCGGAGUGGGUCCACCCAACAGUUCAUUGCUUAACGAAUUCAGCAAAAGCGAGCAGCAACUCAGCAAAAACGAAAGCAUCAUCUCCUGCCAAUACCUCACGACGGCCAGCGAUUCGGAUUCGAGAAAAAAUAGUGAGAGUUAUAACAGUGAUUAUUUCAAUGACAGGUUACCGCCAUCGCGUAGUGAAGACACCCUGUUCGCUGGCACGCCCGUUUCGACCAAUCACCGGUGUCGGGCUAAUACCAUUUCAAGUACCUCGGCAACAUCUAGUCCUCUUUUAAGUGUAAGGCCAAUGUUUAGUGGAAGUCUUCUAAGUGUAAACACUUUUAAUACAACUAAUACAUCCGACAGUAUGCAUAGUUUAAGUUCGGACAGCGAGACAAGUUGCCCUAUACCCAUUAGUUCGAGCACCCCUCGAAAAGCGAAGCACAAGCAAAAAAUAGUACCCUCUCGUAGUAUGACCAAUGUUAAAUCCUCACUAAUCAGCUCCUCGAGUAGAAAAUCUGAGAAGAAUCAGGACCCAAACUUUCUCAUGUCCAAUCUGCAAACGACAUCGUCGAGAAGCUUAACCAACAUAAAGAGUAUCGAAAAGGAUACGGAACAAUCGACGUACCUCAAACCAUUGGACGGGUAUAAAAAGCCCGACAUAGUUGAUCCAGUUUUUAAAGUUCCUUACACAGAUGCAGGGUCCAGCAAUAGCGCCAAAGAGUAUUCCUUGCCCGGUAUUCUGCAAGUGUACGCGGCGUACGAGACCGGCUUGGCGAGCGGCACAAGCCUAAAGUUACACGUCACCCCUCGCACGACCGCGAGGGAGGUCGUCGAUUUAGUCGUGAAGCAAUUAAAUAUGGCUGUGGUCUUAAAAGGUAAGGACGGACCGAUUUAUACUACCGACAAGUUGAAGAACUUCUGCUUAGUUGCCGUAAUCGGGGCGCGGGAACGCUGUUUGAGGGACGAUUUUAAACCGUUACAGUUGCAAAACCCGUGGAAAAAGGGGCGGCUGUACGUUAGGCAGAAGCACGACGUUCUCGCCGCGCUCGAGCACAGUAGCAAGCACAGUCAAAUUAUUUGAGGUAAACUGUAUUUAAAUGUAAUUUAGCCAAUUGUAAUUUUAGCAAAUUUAUUGUGCAACGAGGACCGAAAGCUGUACCUAUAGGUAGUUAAGAAAUAUCGUGAUAAGUAGGUUUAACUUAAUAGUAAGUAAUACAAAAAUGGUGCUAGAUCAGAGUUGGUAUUUAUUGUUGAUUUUAUGUGUUGUUACCUAGUCUGAAUGUUUUUGCGAUAGAAUGCGAAUGACUGUGCGGCCAGUUUUAAAUCAAUUAUCCUAUACAUAUGUGUUACCAAUGUUAACACACCAUUCUUAUGAUGAACGUGAGACUAUUGAAAACUUAUUGAGUAAGUACAAUGAAAAUAUUUUAUUAAUGUGUGUAAGUUGGUCCACCUUUUACGAUUAACUAAUAAAUGUUUAGGUAUUAGUUGCUCAUCUCUGUAGAGUAUUGAUUAACACCAAUUAAAAUACUCCCAAAACUUGUAAAUGUUAGAUUUGGUCCAAAUAGAAGCAGUUCUAGCUAGAAGCUUAAGUAUAAUUUAUUUAUUUGCGUGCAUUAUGUAAACGAUAUAUAUGUACCUAUAUUAAGAUUUAUUUUGUCAGUACAAAUUAACUAAUUUUAUAAACGUACAUACCUAUUGUAUUUGCUUGUUGUACAGUAUUAGAAUUUAUGUGUAAAUGGAAUGUUGAGACAGACAAAUGCAAAUGUCUAUUAUAUGUUAAUGAUGUCACUGUAAAAUAGUGCAUUAUAAUAAAUAUUUAGAAAUGUUACGUA